UGUAGCGGGGUGGUUGUGUUGAUCGUUUGCCGGUGCACAUAAAAUAGGAAAUGCAACAUUUUUCACAUUUUAUAUAUGUUUGUUGGACGUUUUAUAACACAAUCAAUUUGUGUAAUACUUUAUUGUGUUGAUUCGCUUAACAUAAGUAGUGAACAUCUUGUGUUAGUGUGUUUUAUUUUCGUAUAAUUUCUGUUUAGUGGUUGUGCAAGGAUUUGUCCCAUCGACACUUGAUUUGCUGCCUUGAUCUGCAUUCUCUGGGUUUUAUGAGAUGUCCUUACGGUGAAAGUGAAGUACCAUCGGUCGGAGCCACCAUGGCGUCGUAGACAAAGAUCCUGAUAGAUAGUUGCGGUGUGAUCGUGAAAGGUCGCGAUGGGCGUGCCGGGCGUGACGGACGAGUACUCGCCGCCGCGUCUCUCGCGGCUGCUGCACGCCUUGCCGCAUAUCAACGUCACCCUACAUCGCGUCAAUGACACCUUCGCACCUAAUUCUCCUGUAUACCUUGAGAGCUUGGGAAUCCUCGGCUCCAUACCUGGCGCCUGGCUGAUCCUGACAUUGACUGUGCUCCUCAUAUACCUGCUCACAAGAUGCUGCGACAGAAAGCAGCGUCCACCCAGAAGUAUCACCGCUUUAAAGAUAACGCUCAUGAUCCUAUCUGUCCUCUGCUGUGGGGCCAUCGGCGUGGGUCUGUUCGGCAAUGACGACCUACACAACGCGAUGCUGCAGAGCAUCCAGGCUGGAAACCAGCUUGCUGCACUCGUUAAUACGGUUAAGAACCAGUCAAGCAUCCUAGAAGAAGCGAUGGGCUCCAGAGCACGUGCUCCCCUAGCCCGACUAGCUGACGCUCUGGACGCGCCCGUGGCUAACCAGACGGCUCUAGGCACAUUACUCCGAGCCCUCUCAGCACUCAGGAACAAUGCCAGCGCUGCUGCAUCAGCUGCCGACAACCUCCGGCGACCUCUUGCUGCACUGAACCUCGAUGCCUUCAUGAAGCGCGCGUGGGUGUGGGAGGCGGCGCGCUGGGCGGGCGGCAUGGCGGGCUGGUGCUGCGGCGGCGCCGUCUGCGUCGCGCUGCUGGCCGCCGCCGCGCGCCGCUCGCGACGGGCGCUACUGCUGCUUUGCGUGGGUGCCCUGGGCGCGCUGGUGGUAUGCUGGCUGGCGGGCGCGGUGCUGGCGGCGGCGGCGGUGGCGGCGGCCGACGCCUGCCAGGAGCCCGCCGCCGCACUCGCGCAUCAUGCCCCGCAUAACCUGCCACAAGACAUGGUGCACUACUACCUAUCGUGCAAGGUGUCCCGAGAGAACGUGCUGACCGCUGAACUAAGGAACGCGCAGCGAGCCGUCGUCGCCGUGCGACAAGCUCUAGCUGUACUGGCCAGGGGAGCGCCACAACUGUUCAACGAUCCUGGCCUGCAGCCAGCCCUGGGCGCGCUGGGCGCGGGCACUGGCGAGGCGGAGCGGGCGCUGGUGGCGCUCAGCGGCGCGCUGGAGUGUCGCAUGGCGCGCGCGUACUUCGUGGCCGCCGCGCGGGCCGCCUGCGACGCGGGGCUGCAGGCAUUAUCACUCCAGCUGCUAGCGGCAGUUGCAGCAGGCUUCCUAUUCACCGCCAUAGUGCUAGUGGACUCCCACGCAUGGAUAUACAUCAACACGAAGCGCGGCGGCGGCGGCGAGGAGCAGGCGCCCUUCCUGUCGAGCGGCGCCAGCAGCCAGGCCAGCCGCACCCUGCCGCGCCCCGCCGCAUACAACGGCAAGCCGCCCUCCUACGGCGCCGCCGUGCAGCUCAUGGACCUCGAGCGACCCAGCCCGGGCAAGCCACCUUCCUACGGCGCUGAUGUGCAACUCAUGGACUUCGACAAACCAAGGUAAACUAUUUGUGACGUACUUGUGACCCCAUCGUGGACACAAUGUUUGGGUCUUGCAUCGGGUGCAUAUUUUGGGAACGCUUUGUUAAUGUAUGCUCUUGCUGAAGAUUUGAAACUUACAUUGAGAACUUAAGGUUUCCUGAAAUAAGCACGUUUUGUCAUCCUAACUUUCCUGACAAUAUAAUGACGAGUUUGAAUGUAUGUAUGUACCACUACCAAGUUUUAACGAUGAUUGUUUUUAAUUGAAUCCUAAUGUAUUGAAGAGUGUCGCGGAGAACCUAACGGGUAACCGGGGCUCC